AUGGCUACGCUCCAGAUGCACAGGCCCAAGCCGCGUCACCGUUCCCCGUCCCUCAACCAAGCCGCUCCCUCGUCUCCCACCAUCAUCCGCACCCCAGACUUCAUCCUCCUCCCCUCGGUACCCACACACGAACCCGAAGACAACCUCCCCAGCCCCAUGGCCCUCCAGCACCAGUUUGCCAUGGCCCAAGCGCAGGCACAAGCACAAGCUCAGGCACAACGCAGCAGCAGCAGCUGCAGCAGCAGCAAAAACUCGCUCGGACUCGGACUCUGCUCCUCCUCGGACGAGCACCACAAGGAUGCCGACGAGCUCGAGGAAAUCGCAGAGCCCGAGCCGCAGCCAGAGUCCCACCUCGAUCACGCCACCACAUCGCACGACGCCCUGCGCGACCUCCGCAACCACCAGCUCGAGUCGCUCCAGGCCAUCGUACACUCCAUCGCAGACGCCCACUUGCAAGAAGCAACACACGCCGCUGCAUCCUCAAACACCCCACACGCAGACCUCACUCGCAUCCUCGACGACAUGUUUGCCUCGCUUCGUCGCAUCGGCGGUCACAAUGCGCCUCUCUCGCCCACCUUUGCCCGUCCUUCCGCACACCACAUGUCCGACCUCGACCGUCUCGUCCUCCUCGUAGACACCUUCUCUCAAAUCACCGCCACUGCCAACAACGCCGAGCACGCAAGCCAACUCGCGCGACUCAACGCACUCACAAACGCGCUCGUCGAAUCGAACCGUCGCAUCGCCUCCAAUCAACUCGACAGCCCACCGCGAACGCCUAGGUCGCUCGCAUGGUCCGAGUCCAUGCAUCCUCGCCGCUCCUCCAUCCACCAGCAUCACAUGCACUCGCCCCAGUCCAGCUCCCACCUGUCUGGCUCGCGCGGCUCCUGGAGCUCCACACACUCGGCUGCCACCCUCUCCACCUCCUCCGACGAGGCCGCACCCGCGCCUCACAAGCACCUCGCACCUCUUGAGCACGCCGCCGCCGCAUGGUCGCCCAGACGUACCGAGCUGCUCUCUCAAGCCGGUCUGGUUCAGCCACAGCAGCAACACGUCGACGGAUCCGUGUUUGACAUGGCCACCAUCCGCACGCGCACCAACCCUUUCUCCAUCGAGACGCUCUACACUCGCGAGCCAUUCGCCUCAACCACCACCGUCGCCCCGGCCCCUCGCUCGCCGCGCUCCGAUCAGGCUUCCCGCGCCGCUUCCACCAUCGGAGACACGUCCGACUCCAUCGCAACCGCCCUACCCAACCGCAAGCGCUUCUCCGUACAGACCGACAGCGCCGCCAGCACUUCGCUGCCCGGCUACUCGUACGACGCACCCACCUACCACGCAGACGAAAAGCAAAAGGCGUCCACACUCGAUGCACGCUCCGCGUCUUCAGAAGAACUGCCCGGCUACGACGCCUCGCCAGCACCAGCUGCAUUCGCCGCCGAUGCGAAAAAGCCGAUCGAGACGCCCACGCUGCUCGAGCGACGUCGCGCCAAGUUGGCCGCACAGCACAGCGCCUACGCUGCGCGCACACCCGAGGACCUCGCCAUGGUGCAGAGCUCCAUCGACCGCCUCUCCACCGUCAUGCCCCAGCUCAACAAUCAGCGCGCCCUCUCGCCCGAGCACCAACGCCAGGCGCAGCUCGACACCAUCAUCGGUCGUCUCGCCCACUCCAACGCACACCGCCUCAACGACCAGCGCAGCGAGCCACCCAGCUUCCGCCCCAGCCGUCCCGCGCCCUCCCCUCACCCGACUUUGGCGCCAACGCCCGUCGAGCAAGCGCCCGAGCCCGAACUGCCCGCCACGCCCACCACGCCCGUGUCGCUGCACACGGCGCCGUCCGCAUCGUCUUCGCGACGUUCGUCGCUGCUGCCCGGCGCAUUCGGCCGCAAGCUCUCCAUGGCCAGCAUCGGCAACGCACUCCGACGCGCAUCCAUCUACGAUGCCUCCAAGCUCAGGUCGCGCGAGGGUUCCGAGAGCAGCACCGACGGCACCACCGCCGCCGCCGCUGCGCCAGCCACGCGUCGUCGUGCCGCCACGACGGCCGACUCGCGCACCAAGUCCGACAUUGCCGAAGGUCUCACGAGCCUCUUCAACGACGAUGGCAAGGCGCGCAAGGCGAGCGCAUCCGACGCCAGCGCCGCACGGCUGCAGGCGCAGUCCAGCUUCCGCGCCAUCGACUUUGCGGACGACACGCCGCGCGGACGCGAUGCAAGCCUCCAGCCGCGCGCGAGCGUCGAGGAAGAAGACGACAGCAUGCUCGACGACUACAGCUUCGCCACCUUUGACACGCAAAAGUCCAACCACCGCCUCUCCGUCGUGGCGCCGCUCGACUCGCCGCACAGCCCCGUGAGCUGGGCGGCGAGCAGCAGCGCAGGCAGCCGACGCAGCUCGCAGCUCGUCUCGAGCCCCGCCACGCCGACCUGGCCGCGGUCGCCGUUGACGCCCGUGUCGCCUGCGGCGUCCAAGCGCCUCUCGAAGCCCGCGGUGACGUUCGCCGCCGACACGCUUGCCGCACCGCCGCUCGGCAAGUCGACCGCCGCAUCGUUCCAGUCGCAGCUGCGCGACUCUGGAUUCACGCCCCUCCGCCCUGGUAAGUCGCUUGCCUCCGUCCCGCCGCCCUCUCUGCAUGAGUACCGCCCGCCUGCUGCUGCCUCUGCUUCCACAACCAUCGCUGUCAGCAACCCGUGGCAGGACAUCGUCUGCUACGCCGUCAGCGGCAUCGAGUAUGGUGCGGGAGAUGCAAAGCUGUGUGACUCGUCGUCUUGGCCGCACAAGAGCAACACCGCUGACCCCCGCGCGCGUCCUUCUGCCUCUGCUGCCCCCGCCUCUACCUCUGCCGCAACGCCGCAGUCUGAUUGCCGUGUGGACGUGGAAUUCUUGGCCGAGGCGCAGCCUGCGCUCGGCACAGUGUCGGUGAUGCUGUGGACGAGCACGCGCGUCGACGCGCCCGUGGAGCUGGCGUACGAGCUGGUGGCCGAGCGCGGAGACGUGCAUAGCCGGCGACUGCGUAUAUGGCCUGUGGCGCGCAAUGUACUGCUCAACGUGUUUGCGAGUGAAAGCCGAGCGGGUGGGGUCGAGGUGGUCUUGCCUGCGGCGGUGCGGCUUGGGCAGAGCGGGCGUGUAGCGGUGGGCGCGCAGUUGAGCCGGGUGAAGCUGGUGCUGACCGAGGCCGAGGCACGCAAGGGAGCGGAGGCGAGUCGUGCCGAGGGGAUGGUGGAGUUUCCGCUUUCUGCGCGCGAGCUGUCUUGCCGGCAGGAGGGUGGUUUGGGAUGUGCGAUGUGCAUGCGGGCUGGACGAUCGACGCCAGUGAUGCGGUGGGAGGGUGGGAUGGACUGGAGGGCGUUGCCGUCCGAGGGAUGGGAGGAGCUGGUAGACGCCUGGAUGUGUCACGGCGACCAGGAGCUCAACCGCAGCUUGACCGAGACGGCGGUCAAGUUUUCGUCCUCGCUGCAUACCCAAGCCUCGACGUCCGCGCGGACCGUCUGGGUGGGGGACACGUACAUCGUCGCAUCGCUGGAUGCACUUGAACAAGUGGUUGUGGAACAAAACCAGGUUGCGUGUUCUUUAUGCAGGACUGCUCUUGGCACAGUGGAAGGAUCCAGCGCUCGAUUGAGCAAGUACCUGAUCGAGCUGACGGGGGAUGCGUCGAGCUGGAUGGGUGUGUUGUUGGCUACGCUUCAGUAUGCAGCGGCCUCGCACGGUGCACGACGCUUCCACCUCUGCUCACCUUUACCCUCGACGACGGGGGUGGAAGCAUGGCUGUUCUCGCGUGCCCAGUACACUACCUCGCUCUCUCGACACUGGACCUCGUCACAAAACGCAGAGUGUGUUUGGAAAGGCUAUCGUGUUCUCUACCGCACGCCUACGAACCAAGACAGCGAGCACGUCCAACUGCCCGCCUCGAUUGCACACUGGACCAUCGAGGCCAUGCAGCGCUGCAACGACGUGCUGCCCGCUGAAUUGCGCAACGCACUCCCUGGUUGGAGCACAGCCUUCCUUGCCCGACCGACGUAG